GGUCUAUGCAAUUAUUUUGUACACAUGUUCCAAACAUAAUAUUCAUUACACACAUAACCAACCUUACAUAACCAAACAAUACAAAUCCAUAAAAAUGGUCACAUCACAUAAAAAAGUAAUCUAUUGUCAUUCAGAUAAAUGCUCUUCCCACUGGUCCUCUGUAAGCAGCCGUUAAAAAAUAAAUUAUUAAAAAUGAAAUGGAUGAGUCCCAAUCAGUUAGCCAAGCAUCAAUGGCAUCGGAAACAAUAUUGGUAUCGGAUGUCAAGCCUGUAACUGGAGAGGAAGAAAUAUAUUCGGUUGAAGUUUUUCCUGGCAACGGAGACGAAACUUCUGUCCAAUUGAAGUUUACUAAACCAAACCUGAUAGAUUCUGGAACAUUCGGGUUCGUAUCAUUGACUACUCUAGUUAAUUCCAAUGAAGCCGCAGCUAUCAAAACCGUAUUCCUUGAAAACCAAGUUGCCAACAGAGAAUUGGAAAUCAUGAAAACUAUUCGUCAUUGUAAUAUUAUAGAACUGAAAUAUUAUUUCUUUGAAAAAUAUCAAGAUAAAAUAAAGAUGAAUUUAAUUUUGGAAUAUUUACCGCAAACACUGUACAAAAUACUUAAGCAUUACCAAAGGUACAAAAUGAAAUUACAUCCAACAUACACCAAAGUUAUCAUGUAUCAGUUGCUAAAGGUGUUGAAUUAUUUACACUCUCUUGGCAUUUGUCAUAGGGAUAUUAAACCCCAAAACCUACUUCUGAAUUACGCUACAGGAGAAUUGAAAUUAUGCGAUUUUGGAUCAGCCAAGAAACUAAUUGAAGGAGAAAGAAAUGUUUCUUAUGUGUGCUCAAGAUAUUACAGAGCGCCAGAAUUGUUGUUUGGGUCUGUUUAUUACACAACGAAAGUAGAUGUAUGGAGUGCUGGUUGCAUAUUCGCUGAGCUUCUCUUUGGUAGAGUAUUUUUUUUGGCAAAUUCAACUCUCGAAAUGCUUGUGGAAAUAAUUAAAGUUCUAGGCACACCAACACAAGGUGAAAUCCGUAAAAUGAAUCCUAAAGCGCCGAAAUUUGAUUUACCAAAAGUGAAACCAAGAAAGAUGAGCUUAAAUAUCAAAAAUAGUACCCCAUCAGAUGCUGCAGACCUCCUGUCUCAGAUUCUGGUUUGGGAACCUGAAAUGAGAAUAGCACCCAUCUAUGCCUGUUGCCACCGCUUCUUUGACCAACUGAGAGACCCCUGCACCAAGCUACCUGAUGGUAGCUCUUUACCUUCAUUGCUCUUUUACAUGACAGAGCAGGAAAUCUCUAUUCAACCUGAUUUAAGAAGUAUCUUGGUUCCACAAUAUUCGUAUGACACUCCCUCGACUGAAAGAAUCACUCCUUGUGCUAAUAGUUCUUGUGACAAACCCUAAUAUUGAUUUUAUUACCAUAGCUGAAGAACAUCACAUCUGCGAUACAUGCUAGCAGUCUAAAAAAGUUUCUUUCCUUCAAACAUUAUGUAACAUGAAAUAUUGAGCACCACAUAUAGGUUAUUUUUAAUUGUAGUUAUGUUUUAACCAACUAUUUUAAUCGAUUAAAAUAUUAAUGAAGAUUAGGGAUUAGCAUACCUUAAGAUACCAAAUCAAACUAAGAACUGUUUCAUUGGCUACUUUUAACUUUAACUAUGAUUUUAUUUAGUCUAUAUAAAUCUACAUGACAAAAAAAAGGUUCAAUAUAUUUUAAUUGUAUAGGAAUAAAUUAUAUAAUUACUCUCAAUAAAUUAAAAUUAUCUAAAAGGAAGAAAAAUGGUCAAAAUGUGCAGUCAAAAAAUUAUGUUUAUGUAUGGUGCUUGCCAAAAAAAAACAUUGGAAAACUCAAUAAAAAUAAUUUUUUAACUGAGCAGUCUCCUGACCAUUUUUCUUCUUUACAAUUUCAACAGUCAACUGCAUAUCCAUCUCUAAAGUUAUUUUUCUGUUUGAGAUUUGCUAGAUAUAAAAAAAAAAGUAUGAUUGUAGGAGUACUAGUGUAAUAAAUGUAAUUUUUAUGUAUUAUGCUAUAAAUAUUUUCAGCUCUAAACUAUAUGUCAUUUUAAAUUAUAACUAAAUAAGCUUUGACUAAUUAAGAAAUAUGAAGGAGCAAAUAUAAUUGUUUAUCAAGAUGAUUACUAAAUUAUUAAAAUGUAUGAACAAAAUUAAGAAACAAUAUUCUGUGGUGUGUAUUUACUUUUAACAUGACAUAGAAAAUAUAAAUUUUUUUUCAUAAUCAAUUCAGAAAUAAACCAUAUAGGUAUAUGAAAAAUUUAACAAUAAAUGAGUUUAUUAUUCC